AAUCAAAAUGGCGGCAAAUUGAACUUCGGGAAUUUUAUGCAAUGCAAAAUAUGGUUAUUUUGAAGAGUAACAACCAUAUUUUCAAAAUUAAACGUGUUUGAACUUCAUAUGUGAUGUUUAAAACCUUUGUUAGAUUUCGGAGUAAUGUGUCUGAAAUGGUUCGUGUCCUGAAUGUCGCAGAGAAAAAUGAUGCUGCCAAGUCCUUGGCUGAUGUUAUGUCAAGGGGAGGAUACAGAAAGAGGGAAGGGUUAUCCAGAUUCAAUAAGAUUUACGAGUUUGAUUAUCGUAUACUAAAUCAACAGUGCACCAUGUCAAUGACUUCAGUGUCUGGACAUCUGCUGGGGAUGGACUUUGGAACCCAAUACAGGAAGUGGAACUCCUGUAGUCCUACGUCUCUGUUUGACCUUCCAGUGUUUAAGUCUUGUCCAGACAAUUAUGUUGACAUCAAGCGUACCCUGGAGCGAGAAAUCAAGGGUUGCAGAUAUCUAGUAAUUUGGACUGAUUGUGACAGGGAAGGGGAAAACAUUGGUUUUGAAGUGAUCCAGGUCUGUCAAUCAGUGAAGCCAAAUAUUGAAAUCUACCGGGCAAGGUUUUCAGAAAUAACACCUCAUGCAGUGAAUCGAGCAAUCAGCAACCUCCAGGAGCCAGACAAGCGUGUGAGUGAUGCUGUUGACGUCAGACAGGAGCUGGACCUCAGGAUUGGUGCCGCAUUCACAAGGUUUCAGACCCUACGCUUGCAGAAAGUGUUUCCUGAACAUUUAAGUCAACAGCUUGUCAGCGGCAGUUGCCAGUUUCCAACCCUGGGCUUUGUGGUGGAGAGAUACAAACAGGUCCAAGCUUUUGUGCCAGAACCAUUCUGGAAAAUAAAAGUGACUCAUACUCUGGAUGACAUCAAGGCAGACUUCCUGUGGAAAAGAAAUCGUCUCUUUGACCAUCUUGCAUGUCUUGUUCUCUUUGAGCAGUGCAUAGAGAACCCUGUAGCAACGGUGCUGGAAGUGAAGAGUAAGCACAAGAGUAAGUGGCGGCCCACGGCACUGGACACUGUGGAAAUGGAGAAGCUUGCAUCCAGAAAGCUGAGGAUUAAUGCCAAGGAAACCAUGAAGAUUGCGGAGAAGCUCUACACACAGGGAUUCAUCAGCUAUCCUCGCACAGAAACCAAUAUCUUCCCCAAAGUUGGAUCUUCAAAGCCUGGUUCAGGACACCAAACAAGGGACCCUAAUUGGGGAGGUUUUGCACAAAGAGUCUUGGAGCAAGGAAUUCAUCCCCGAAAUGGCAACAAGACUGAUAAUGCCCAUCCCCCUAUACACCCCAUCAAGUACACGGCCACCCUACAGGGAAAUGAUCAGCGUGUGUAUGAGUUCGUGGUUCGUCACUUUCUUGCGUGCUGCUCCCAAGAUGCCCAGGGUAUGGAGACGACAGUUGAUAUCAACAUAGCAGAGGAGAGGUUUGCAGCCAGUGGUUUGAUGAUCAUUGCCAGGAACUACCUUGAGGUCUACCCAUAUGAGAAAUGGAAUGCUAAGGAAAUCCCCAUCUACAAGCAGGGAGAUCAGUUUGAACCAAGCCUGAUGGAGAUGGCAUGUAGUGAGACAGUGCCCCCACCUUUGUUGUCUGAAGCAGACCUGAUAGCUCUCAUGGAGAAACAUGGAAUUGGUACUGAUGCCACACACGCAGAUCACAUUGAAACCAUCAAAGUCCGAAGUUACGUCGGUCUUCGUCCUGAUGGACGUUUUGUGCCUGGACAGCUCGGGAUGGGACUUGUGGAAGGAUAUGAUGAGAUGGGAUACCAAAUGUCCAAGCCACACCUGAGGUCUGAACUGGAGGCUGACUUGCAAAGGAUAUGUGAAGGUCGAAAAGACAAAAAUAUUGUACUGAGGGAGCAGAUUGAGAAAUACAAGGCUGUGUUUAUAGAGGCGAGCCAGCAGGCCUUGAAGCUGGACGAGGCUCUGUCACAGUACUUUGGACAGGCUCAUGCUCUCACAGGAGCUGAAGUUACAGACAUUGCUGGUCCCGCUGUUGUCCGCAGAUGUCCACAGUGUGGUCAGGACAUGGCCCUGAAGGUGAAGAAAGAUGGAAAAGGGUUUUACAUUGGCUGUAUGGGAUACCCCCAGUGUCGGUCUGCCAUGUGGCUGCCAGAGUCUGUCCUCCAGGCUGACUUGUCAGAGGAUACCUGUCCUCAG